CUAGAGGAGAGCAAGGAGAGCUGAGCUGGAAGAGAGAUCUUGGAGGACUUGGAGCAUGAACCAGACCUAAGAUUUCACAAAAAACAUGAGGGCAAACAGUGACAGAAGGGAAGACACUCUGAACAGAGGACUGUGCUCUCCCAGGAUGCCUGUGAGGUGGAUUUCUGCCCUGCUCCUGCUGCAGAUGAGUUGCUGCUUCAGAUCUGCUAACUGUGGAAAGGUGUUGGUGUGGCCGAUGGAGUACAGUCACUGGAUGAAUUUAAAGAUAAUAUUGGAUGAACUUGUACAGAGGGGUCAUGAAGUGACUGUUCUGAGACCAUCAGCUUCCAUUUUUCUUGAUCCCGAAAAAUCGCCUGGCCUUAAGUUUGAAACUUUUUCUACAACUAUCAGUAACGAUGAUCUGGAAAAUUUUUUUGCAAAGGCUGUGAAUAUGUGGACUUAUGAGCUGCCAAGAGAUACAUGUUUAUCAUAUUCUCCUUUGCUACAAAAUAUGUUUGCAGAAUAUUCUGCUUAUUAUCAAAGUCUUUGUAAAGACACAGUUUCAAACAAACAGCUUAUGGCAAAACUGCAGAAAUCCAAGUUUGAUGUCCUGAUCUCAGAUGCGAUUGCUCCCUGUGGGGAACUGAUAGCUGAACUGCUCCAUCUUCCUUUUCUGUACAGUCUUCGUUUCACUCCUGGCUACACAUUGGAAAAGUACAAUGGAGGAUUUGUGCUCCCUCCCUCUUAUGUACCUAUGAUUUUGUCAGGACUAGGUGGCCAAAUGACAUUCUUAGAGAGGGUGAAAAAUAUGAUAUGUAUGCUUUAUUUUGACUUUUGGUUCCAGACAUUUGAUGAGAAGAAAUGGGAUCAGUUCUACAGUGAAACUUUGGGAAGGCCCACCACCUUAGCUGAAACAGUCAGCAAAGCAGAAAUGUGGCUCAUUAGGUCCUACUGGGAUUUGGAAUUUCCUCACCCGACCUUACCAAAUGCUGACUAUGUUGGAGGACUCCACUGCAAACCUGCUAAACCCUUGCCUGAGGAAAUGGAAGACUUUGUCCAGAGCUCUGGAGAGCAUGGGGUUGUGCUGUUCUCUUUGGGGUCCAUGGUCAGUAACAUGACAGAGGAAAUGGCUAACACAAUUGCAUGGGCCCUUGCCCAGAUUCCACAAAAGGUUCUUUGGAGAUUUGAUGGCAAAAAAACAGCCAACUUAGGACCCAAUACUCGAGUCUACAAGUGGCUCCCCCAGAAUGAUCUUCUUGGACACCCCAAAACCAAAGCCUUCAUAACUCAUGGUGGAGCCAAUGGCGUCUAUGAGGCAAUCCACCAUGGAGUCCCCAUGAUUGGCAUUCCUCUGUUUGGAGAACAACAUGAUAACAUUGCCCACAUGGUGGCCAAAGGAGCAGCCAUUGCAUUAAAUAUCAGAACAAUGUCAAAGUCAGAUUUGCUCAAUGCCCUGGAGACAGUCAUCGACAAUCCUUCCUAUAAAGAGAAUGUUAUGUGGCUAUCAACCAUUCACCAUGACCAGCCGAUGAAACCUCUAGACAGAGCUGUCUUCUGGAUUGAGUUUGUCAUGCGCCACAAAGGGGCCAAACACCUGAGACCACUCGCCUUUAAUCUCACCUGGUACCAGUACCACUCUCUGGAUGUGAUAGGAUUCCUACUUGCCUGUGUGGCAGCCAUUGCUACCCUUACUGUAAAGGGCUGCUUGCUUGUUUACCGAUUCUUUGUAAGGAAGGAAAAGAAAAAGAAGAAUGAAUAGAGCUCAUUGAGAACACACUACAUGAACUGAAUUUCAGCAUCCUUCUAAUUUAUGAACCAACUUCCAGACAUUCACUGAUUACUUUAUCAAGGCAUAUAUUCUUUGUAAUUUUUAUAGCACGUAAGAAGACAUAUAGCUGUGACUACUGAUAUGUGAUCAAAGAAUGCCAUGCCAUCAUUUCUUUUAAUUUCUAAACUAUGUAAUGUAAAACAGUCAUGCAUAGGAAAACUGAAAAUGUACUUGACAAAGUCUUAAAAAUGAAACUAUUAACCUACCAACAUUUGAAUACUGUUCAUUUGAUUCAUUCUUCCAUCUGACUCUGGAGAUUUCUAAAAUAAAAAAGAAAAACACUAAAUUCUAAAUA